CCACCUCUCAACACAAAUUUACCCCAUGUCCCAUUGCAGGUCACCCACCCUGACAAGACCAGCCUGGAUUACUACAGCAAUGUCAGCACGAUGCUGUCCCUGUAUGGAAACCCCGUGAAUGGCACGGACUUCGCGUGCGACAAGAGGCAGGUCAGGCAGUUCGCACGAGCUUUCCUGCUGGUGUUUUUUUGGCUCAUCUUCUCUGUGGGCACAGUGGGGAACGCCUUGGUCGUGCUCGUCUAUUGCAAAUACCACUUCAGGAGGAGCAUGAUGGAUCGGUACCUGCUGCACCUGGCCAUUGCGGACCUGCUUCUCCUCUUUACCCUCCCCUUCUGGGCCAAGGCAGCCUCCGAUGGCUGGGUCUUCAAGAACUUCAUGUGCAAAGUCGUCAACAGCAUGUACAAGAUCAACUUCUACAGCUGCAGCUUGUUCCUAACCUGCAUUAGCUUUGACAGGUACAUCACUAUCGUCCAGGUGACGACAGCCAAAACUUCUAAACGAAGGCGGCUCCUGCGCAGCAAACUCGUGUGCUUGGCUGUCUGGCUGAUUGCCGUGGGCCUGUGCAUCCCAGAAAUCUUGUACAGCCAGAGCAUGCAGGUGGGCGAUGUGACAGUCUGCAAAAUUACGUACCCGGCAAACGUCAGCAUGAUCUUCAGAGUCACCAUCUUGGCAUUGAAAGUCACCAUCGGCUUCUUCCUCCCACUCUUUGUCAUGGUUAUUUGUUACGCCCUGAUCAUAAACACACUCCUGCAAGCCAAAAGAUCUCAAAAGCAGAAGUCCCUGAAGAUAAUCACCAUGAUCAUCACCGCGUUCCUUCUCUCUCAGUUCCCGUACAACAUCGUUUUGCUGGUCAAAACCAUCAAUACCUACACUCAGGUGGCAUACAGCUGCCAGGCUGCCAACCGGCUGGACAUCGGGCUGCAGGUCACGCAGAGCAUUGCCUUCCUCCACAGCUGCCUCAACCCCUUCCUCUACGUCUUUGCUGGGGAGCGGUUCCGGAUGGCACUGGCCCAGAUGAUGCAGAGCAGUGGCUGCUGCCGGAGCAGAGGCCAAGAGCUGGGCUUCUCUGCCUGCGACAGCCAGGACCACAGCUCGAACUGGUCCUUUGCCAUGCUGGGCCGGCGGCAGGUGAGAAGCUCGCUGACCCUCAGCACCCACUUGACCUCCUCCAUUAUUCCUCCCCCUUGUCAACUCCUCCUGUAA